AAACCACAGGGAUUCAGUCAGAAGCUACAGACGUACUGAGAGCUGAACACACAGAGACUGUUAAAGACACCUUCCUGUUUGGUUUCCUGCAGACAGAGGGGGGGAAGGGGGAGAAGCGAGGGCAGGCUGGCUCUUCGACCUACCCUGGAAAAGUUCGAUCUGCGUCCAGCUUGGCACAACACGGCACGGCACGUCUAAACUGACAAUGGAAACACAAAUGCCAAGAGUGACAUUAGAGAGAGGGCACUGGUCCACUUCCUUAAUGUGAGUCGACGGAAGACAUAAAAAGAGAUGGCGACCAGCUCAGUGUGUAACUACAGCAUGAAGCAGCUUCCUGUUUCCUGCUUUCAGUCCGUCUCAUGAUCUUUGUGAUCGAGUGAGGACUGUAAAACCUUUGGGCAGCUCCAACAUCAGUACAGUGAGACACCAGAGCAGAGACAGAUGAGCAGGAUCGAGCUGAAACUCUCACGUCUCUGUUUACAAGAAGACAAAGUGCCAACACCUGACUCAUUUUCCACAGAGCUCUCAGUUCACAUCAUCAGGUUUCACUGCCGUGGUCAGCCGAAACAAACUGCAUGCUGGGACACCGUACAUGUUGAGCUGACCCUCCUGAGCUCGUCUGUUCAUCUAGUCGCUGAGUGGUUCCAGCCGGAAUGCCUCGAUGGAAAGGGUUCUUCAGUCAUUACCUGCGAUGGUCCAACACCGUCACUCAAGCCCUCGUCCUGUCCGUCGUCACGUUUUGCCUCGCCCUCCCUCUGUGCUGCCAUCGGCUGCUGUACUCUUACUUCUUCAUCAGGUCCAUGUACCUGGACUCCAUGAGUGAGGAGGUCCUGCAGGAAAGCCUCGCCCGAGGCCAGGAUGCACUGCGCUUCUGGCAGAGCGCUUCCACUGCGGCAGCAGUGUCUUCCAGAUUCACUGACAUUGCCCAGCAUCCUGAGCUGCUGGUUACCGUGGUAACAACCAGGCGGAAUGAGGGACGGGACUUCCACUACCUGCUCCAGGUGAUGCGGCAGCUGAGCAGGAUUCUGGGAAGCUGUGGGGAGCGGCGGUGUGCGGAGGUAUUGGUUUGCGAUGUGGAAAGCGGGCCACAGGAAAACCAGGAUGCCAAGAUGCUGGAGGGGCACUUCAGGGUGAUCCGACGUUCCCCUCUGGAGCAGCAGAGGAACAGGGAACGAAUCAACACCUUUGAGAGGGAGAAGAGGGAUUACGUCUUCUGUCUCCGCAAGGGAUGGGAGCUGGUGAAGCCCAAGAACAUGGUUGUCCUGGAGGAUGAUGCUUUGCCGAUACGGGACUUUUUCGCAGUCGUGAAGGACCUGCUGUCCCGUCGCUUCGCCUUCCAGACUCUUUACAUUAAGCUGUAUCACCCUGAAAGGCUGCAGCGCUACUGGAACCCUGAGCCUUACCGCAUCUUGGAGUGGGUGGGACUCGGGCUGGUUGGAGCAAUGGCCCUCCUCCUCACCCUCCCUUACUGGAACCCCUGCUCUUUCUCCUUCACACUGUCGGCCAGCCAUUUCCUCUUCUUCACUCUCUACUUCAUGGCUGCCACAGAGCUGCUGGGGCGCCACUACCUCCUGGAGGUGCGAAGACUAACCCCGCAGCUCUACGCUGUCUCCCCAGCCACAGAGUGCUGCACCCCUGCCAUGCUCUUCCCCGGCAACGCCUCGCUCAGGGUUGCAGAGUAUCUGGACGGCUCAUUCUGUGUCAAGGGGAACGCGAAAGACAUGGUCAUGUAUCAGAUGGCAAGGAUGAUCCCAGGAGAAAGGUCUCACAGCGUGGAACCCAACCUCAUCACCCACAUCGGGGCGUAUUCGUCGGUCAGGGCCAACCCACCCAGGCCCAAACUCCUCUGACAGGGAGGACACUCAAUGCAACAAGGCUGGAUUUAAUCAGGUUCCUCCUCACCCAGUUUCCUGUCUGCCGUGUCACCUGCCGGACUCUUCACACAGUUGAAGACGUCGCUCAGAGAGUACUGGUUUGGUGAUUUGCAGGUGAUUAAUUGUCAAAGCAUCAGGUUGAAAACAGACAGUUGAAAAGUAUUUGUAGAUCUGAAGGUUGCAGUUCACAAGUGUUUUAACCAUGUUUUUCAGUCGUCUGUCUCCCGGACGUCUGACAGCACAGAAACACUUUUGAUUUUAUCAAUACAGCUGAAUAACAGCUCACAUUUUACUGCGUGUAACAACGACCUGAAGAAUUUAUGCUUCAGGUCUGUCUUCUUUUGGUUCACACACGGAAGUACAGUGAUUGUGUGUUGGGCCAAGAGCCAAAAUAUGGGUAACCACCGCCCCACUCAGACACAGUACCUGAACACACCAUGUGUGACACUGAAGCUGCCGAAGGUUUACUGUACGGUGAGUGUGAAAUGCUGUUAAACCACUUUUAGGUAAAAUGAUAAAAAUCUCACUUUUCAACGGGUGUUAGUUUGAUGGUGUUGAAUGGAAGUUGGACACCAGCGAAUCGCACAAACCACUCUGAACUGUGUGUUCAGUUUGGGAUCAAAUCAUCGCUGCUGGAAAAAAAAUAGUUUUGCUGACUUUCAGGUUUGUUAUUCAGCUGAGGGGUUUAUAUUUUUCUCUACUGCUGUGGUGAAUCUACUGCCCGGGGUCAUCAGACUGUUUAUUAAAAAAGAUAAAUCAGAUGCUGUCAGUUUCCACCAUGAUCAUAUGUUCAUGGAUAGUGGUGACUUAAAGGAUUGUUCACUGCUUGUUCACCCAGACCUUAUUAAAGGGACACUUUGCAGAUUUUCAGCCUGGCUUGUGUCGCCGCGGUGCAGAGCUCUGAUUCUCUGCCUGAGCUCGAUUGGGCCCGACCCGACCCGCCAUCACAUCCUCACUGUGACCUCGUCACAUAUUGACGUUUUGGUCAUGGACUUUCCAUGU